ACAAGAUGUUACAAGAGAAGAAGUACAAUUAGUUAAACAACGUAUCUCUCAUUAUAAUAAUUCUCCGAGAUCAAAACUACAAAUUUCACAUCCAAGAUUUAUUACUACAAUUAGUAAUCAAGAUUUUCAACAACAAUUAAAUAAUCAAUUAACAAAUGCAGCUGAACAAGCCAAAAACGACAUGUUAAAUCUUUAUGUUAAAACAGCCGAAACUCAAAUGGAACAUUAUGGGAAGCAAUACUAUGACAAAGAAUUAGACAAAAUAUUUGUAGAAAGAAAAUCGUUACCCAUUGAUCAACAAUUAACUACUAUUAUGGUUAACCUACUUGAACAACGUGCUGAUAAUAGAAAAGAACGUAUUAAAUAUGUGAAUCAAUUUAAAAUUCAUUGUCUUCAUUCGAACUCUAAUCAUUAA